UAAUGAAAAGAUUACUUUCAAUAUCCGCAAAUAAUAAAGCUGAUGUCAUUUUUAUUACUGGUCACAUUGACUCUACUGACAGAGAAUGUAUAAAUGAAGCGAUUAAAACUAUAAUUAUUAAUCCCAAAGAACUUUCUAAAAUUCUAGCAAUUUCGAUAAAGAAGAUAGAAAGAAAUUUGGAGCAGAUAACAAGUUACAGAACUGUAUGUGGAAUACGAAACAAGACGUUAAUCAUUACUUUACCCGGCAAAGAUGAUGUUUGCAUUGCAGCAAUUACAGAUACACUGAUAAAUACAUUGCAUUUAAUACGCAACGAAGAUGAUGAGAACGAAGAGACUGAGUCGGUCGAUUUUUCCAAUAAUAAUGUUUCAGAGCAGUAUAAUAAUGCAAACAAUCGCCAUAUGGAAUGGACGCCUCUAAUUUCUUUAAAUGAUGCAUUACUAUUAAUAAAUGAAAUACCCAAAGCAGGUAUAAUUAACAAUACUGAAUCGGUAAAAAUAAGUGAUGCUUAUGGUAAAAUAUUAUUUGAAAAUGUUUAUUCGAAAUAUAACAUGCCAUCAUUUAGAUCUUCCAAAAAGCAUGGAUACGCAGUGCUAGUAUCUGAUGGAAAAGGAAUGAGACAAGUGUUGAACAAUAAUAAUACGUUUCCUCCGAUUUCGCUUCAAUGUGGAACGUGCGUAUGGGUGAAGAGUGGAGCACCUGUUCCUAACGAAGCAACAGCGGUUGUAGAAGAGAAAUAUACAAAACGGAUUAUAUCUCAUCUAAACAACGACAAAGUGUAUAUUGAAGUAAUGAAUAAACCACAACAUGGGGAAAACAUUAAUCCUAUUGGUUACAAUAUAAUGAAAGGAAAACUUAUCUUAAAACAAUACACACGUAUUGGCCCAGAAGAGAUGGGAGUCUUGGCAGCUUCUGGCUAUAAAGAAGUUGUAGUCGCUCAACAGUUGUCUAUAGGUGUAUUAUCCAUCGGCAAUAACUUAGAAGAACCCGGAAAACCUUUAAAUCCAGGAUACAUUUACGAUAUUAGCAGAAUAAUUAUAAUUUCACUACUAAAAGAUAACCAUUUCUCUUCUUCAGAUUUUGGAAUCGUGAAUAAUACAACAUUAUCCAUACAAAAGAAUAUCGAGGAAGCUCUAGAUAAAGUAGAUAUACUUGUGACAUUAGGCUGUGCUAAUGACAAAGAUUUAUUGAAGAAAAUCUUACUAGAAUACUUUGAUGCCAACAUAUAUUUUGGUAAUAUAAAUAUAAAACCGGGGAAGUCAACUACAUUAGCUACAUGCAAGUUUAAGAAUAAAAUAAAAUAUUUCUUGUGUUUGUCGAGAAAUCCGGUAACUGCUUUCAUUGUCGCGCAAGUAUUCGUUUUACCUUUUCUAAAAAAGAUAUCUUGCGUUAAAUACGCGGAAACUCCUAUACCCGUACCAGUUUAUGUAAAAAAUCCAUUUAUUCUACAUCAUCGUCCUAGACUUGCGUGUACACAUUUAAAGUGGUCUGAAAAUAAUGUAGCAAUGGCUUGUAGUAUGGGUAAUCUUUUCAAAGAUAAACUAUGUAACAUCAUAGGUUCAAACGCACUUUUGUUGUUACCAAAAAGUGAGAACAAAGAGAAAGCAAUAUCUGACAACGAAAAAAUACCAGGUUUACUUAUUAACCAGCCAGGAAUUUUCAAUGUAAAAAUGGAAUAA